AUGGAACCUGUGGAUUUCUACGACGCCUCAUCCGAGCCAUCCGUCAUCAAACACAUUGAAGCUUCUACACAAACAUUGUCAGCAGAUGGAAGCGAUCUGACUUCUAUCGGACGAGACCCAUUCUGCAGACCAUGGGACUCCAAGUCAAUAAUAAAUCGUAUAUUAUCGGAGAUGGAUGCCGCAAGCGCUCGAGAUGCUCUCGAAAGCCUUGGGGUUACCGAUCUGUGGCUACCGCUGUCGAAACAACUACUUAAACGGUUACUAAGUGAUCCUCAUCAUGUCUCCGAGUUUCUCGAACUACAAGAAGAGCAUCUCAGUGUGGUUCUUGCGCGUUGGACGCAGCCUGCCACAGGAGAACAUAUACGCGACAUGAUGUUCAAUCACUGCGAGUUUGAGGACGACGAAGAAGUUUUUGAGGAGAAUCGUAUGCUCGGCGAAGGGAUGGUCGGUCUUGUCGAGGAGGUGACUGUACGAAGCCGAGAACCACCUCUUAUAUGCGUACGAAAGAAGAUCGCAAGGCCUAAACAGCUCAAAGCGCAUCGGCAGAUCAUGGCUGCCUUCAUUCGGGAGAUCAAAGUCAUGCGUCAAGUCGAUCAUCGCCAUUGCGUUCGGUUUCUUGGGAGCUAUACCGACAAUGAGUCUGUCAAUAUUCUCUCGACGCCGGUGGCUGAUAUGGAUCUUGCUGCCUUUCUUGACAGACCUAUUGGAGACCGGGAAUGGGCCAUACUCUACAAGGGCAUUGACUGCCUUUGCAAUGGGCUGUAA